GUAGGUAAACAACACAGCUAGAGAGCAGUUUUCCAAGUCUUUCCACAAUUUUAGCUAGGAACACACGUUCUGUAGGCCGGUGAACUAUUUAUAUUUUUGAUAACUCUCGAGAUGGAUUCGAAGCGCGCGGCCCUUGAAACCGGCGACGGUCCGGAACCGAAACGCCUCGAUAUCGGGGACUCCGCCGAGGAGCGGGACGAAUCCCGGGAAGCGUCGCCCGGGGACGGGAACCAGGUCAACCUGGCCACUAAGAGAUUAGAGGUCGUGCCCUUCACGGGCAACGGAUGCAGUGCCUCGCUGGAGGCCUACCUGUUCGAGACGACGAUCCCGACGCCCGCCAACAGCACAGCACAGAUGCCGUGGAACGCUGGCCAGGAUGGGCAGACUUCCGAGAACGAUGCGGAGCUGGAGAAGAGCACCAGUGAGAACAAGAAACGUAAGCUGUCAUGCGUCAGGUUGCUAGAUACUAAUCCUCAAUGUUAUCCCCCAGCUGACACCUCGAAGAUGUCGCGCCGGGAGCUGGCCAAGCUGCGCCGCGAGCACACUUUAAAAGCCCUCGCCCUGGAACGCGAGCUGACCAACAAGCCGGGCCAGUCGGCCGCCACUGUGGUGCUGCUCAUCCGCUUUCCCGACCCCGACAUCACUGCCCCCAUGCUCGCAAGCCUGUCCAAGGAGAUCCGGGACGUGGUCCUGCCCUCCAGUGUGGCGCCGCGCUUCUGCCUGGUGCACCUGAGGUCCGGCGCCGAUGUGGAGGCCACCAUACGCGACAUCAACAAGGUGCGCUUCGGCACCGGCUUCCUGCAGGCGGAGGUCAAGCCCUUCUCGGACGAGGAGCAGGCCGAGUUCAUCGACCCCUGCUCGCUGUACGUGAGCAACAUACCCUUCAACAUGACCACCUCGGCCAUCAAGGCCUACUUCGCCCACGCCAUGCGCGUGGACAUCGGGGUGCUGAAGCGCGAGAAGCGCGCUCGCUACGCCUUCGUGCGCUACGCCAGUCCUGACCAGACCAUGGAGGCCUUCAAGGAGCUGGUCGACUCUCCGCUGAACAGCCGCACCCUCACAGUCCGCUACCGUCGCCUGAGGAAGCGCUCCGGCAUGCCCACGGUGCAGUGCACCAGCUCCUUCCAGCCGAUUCCCUCGCCAAGUGGCGCCGGCGGCGGUGGAGGCGACGAAAACGACGACAACGCCGACUGCAAGCUCAUUUCUCCGCCGCCCGUGGAGUCGAUCGUGAUCAGCGACAGCGACCACGGCUCGGACUCCAGUGGCAACGGCAAGAGCGGGAGCGGUAGCAAGCGCAAGACCAAGGCGAACAAGCAGGAGAAGGAGAUUCAGAAGCUCAAGCGUCAGAUGGCCGAGUACGGGGCCAUCAUAAAGAACUUGCAGAUGGGACAGAGCUGCCUAGGAAACUCGUUUAUACCCGAUCUAACCCCUAAGAUAGAGCCGUGCGUGAAUCCAUCAGCUUGCAUACUAGGAUCCAACACGGUCCACCUAAUACGCGACAUCAAACAGGAGUGUGCCUACCUGGGAAUACCCGACAAUGGCCACGCCGACAUCAUCGUACCGGCCAGCCAGCCGAGCCCGCAACCAUCAGAAGAAAGCCGGAAGAAAUCCAAAAGUCCCUUCAGACGACGCAAGAGUGCCAGGCAGACGACCGCUGACAAGUACGAGGCCCUGACGGCCUCGCCGGACAUGGACGACCGACUCGAGCAGCUCUACGCUCAACUGGAGUGCGAUCCUGAUCCCUAAGUUGUCAUGCCAAGUUGCCUACCAAAUUACUCGUCGUAGGCGAACCCUGAGAAUAAUAAUUUAGUUUACUUUUUACUGGA